AUGGCGGACGAAAUUGUAGGGAAGAGGAUACUAUGUGAAGGUUUCAGAGGAGAAAUUAAAUAUGUAGGGCUUGUUCCUCCAACGUCAGGUACGUAUGUUAAAAAUAUUCCAUCUGACGUUAAGCAGCUUGAGCGGUGUUGAACGAAAACUAUCGAUGACUUCUUCAUUGCGAAGGUUGGGCAAGCCGAGAAUUGAAACGGAAAAUUCAAUCUAAAGCUGUACAGCGGGAUUCAGAUUCUAUUAGUUCGGUCUAUUUGUUGCUUUAAAAAUAAAGUGAUGCUCAUCAUGAGACGUACAACAGCGAAUGAGCCGCAUUUUUAUGGCAAGAAAAUGGGAAAGAAGGCCUUUUUAGGCGCGAAUGUUUUGUUUACCCAUUUUCAGACCACGUGAUGGUACCACAGAAACUGUUUCUUUCAAAUGUCGUCCUAUAUACUAUGCACGUGCAUAUGAAAAGACAAAAGGCAAUUUCCCUUGAAACAUCAUAUGGUCUGAAUUGGGAAAAUAAAACAUAAAAGCUAAAGAGGUCUAUGGCUUCAAACAAGAUUGAGCUUAUGCAACAGGAUGGCAGAAAUAAGAGAACAGCAAAACGUUUGUGUGUGACAAGCAUGACAGGCCUAUUACUUAAGUGCUUUUUGGAAUCUUCACUUACUGUAGCCUCGCUGUGUUCUGGUUUUUUGCAAAAAGGUCUGUUUGGAGGAAGGUGAAGUUAGGCAGAAAUUUUUUUCAAACAUAAUUAUUGUCUUCCUAGUCGCACAAGUUGUUGUUAGCCAUCCCUUGGGUGGGUUCACUAAUGAUAAGCUAAAUGAAUACCUUGAGAUGUCCCAUCAACCAUCCGCUAACCACUUUAGCCGUUUGUCUUCAUUCUGGUAGCGCCUAUCCUAACAAUUUUGAUGGUUAAUUUAGAUGGAGGAUAGCCUGCGAAGCGCAGACGCAUUUCCGGUCGUCGCUUCCCUCCCUCCGAAAAAUAGCAUCUGCGAACCUGAGCGACAAAACGAUUUCCGUGACAUAAAACCUUUUGUUUUGAUGUAGGCCAAUCAGAUCAAAGGAUAGAAUACAGCUCGAGUGACUCCUCGCGACCUCGUGCGCUGAAGUGUCUUGGAUUUUGGAGAGAAUUACCAAAUACGCUUUGGAACGUGAAUUUCACGACUAUAACAAGGUUUCCUGCGACGUUGAAUGCUGACUUCUUUAUGAAGCAACUGCUUCUUAAGCUAUGUAUGUGAUGUGGGCUUUUGGUUUCGCUUUAUAAAAUACGGUAGUAUGUGACAUAAACAAAACCUGGACAAAAUAAUCGCUACAGCGAAAGGAAAGCAACAUAGCUUAAUGACAUCGCGCUCAGACUUAUUUAUUUCAAUUUAACCAGCGCUGACAAAAGGUGGUGAAUCAAUUACACAGACACAUCCUUGACUGAUUCAGAAAUCUCUAACAAUCGCUCGUUAAUAAUUCUAGUAUCGCCACAACACAAUGAUCUGAAAUAUUAUAAACCUGGGCCAGACCCAGCGUGAAAUAAAUAGUUACAGCAGUAAAUAGAUCAUAGUCAAAAUGACAUUUCAGCUACGACGCUUCUACUCAUCUCACAAAAAACUAUGGAAAUGAGAACCUUGAAAAGAACAUGUAUUUAAAGAAAUAUACCGGAGCAAAUAUAAAAUGCUUUCGAUCUGAUCAAAGUUCUAUCUGAACCAAGAAGCAACCACGCAUGGGAAAUCAAUUACCACAUGUCCUACCUUUCAAAGAUAAAGGAUAUCUACUAAAAAAUAUCUAAAACGGCACACGACAAACUAUCGAAGAGUUCUCCAAGGCAUACUUUCCUGCCAGGAACCAGAAAGGAACAGAAGCAACAAACGGCAUGAUGCGUCUACUGUCAUUAGGACAGUUAUCGUUUCGAAUAUGAUCAAAACAACUACGUCUGAUAAAUCUUUGACUCCGUAGGCAAAUAGAUGAAAAAUGUCCUCUAAUCUUUUCUUCGAUAUGAAUCCUCUUGAUACUUAUUUCAUCAAUCAGUCCAAAAAUCCUGGCAAAUUAACUUUCGUAAACACGUCGUUCUGAGAAAAAAGGACGGCUAUACACAAGCCACGUCGUCCUUUCAAUUUCGACUUGAAAACAUAUCCAUCGCGCACAAUCCUGCGAGAAGUCUCGCGAGUUAGUUCCUUGAUUUUAAGAGCUAAACCGCGAUUGGCUAAAAAUGUUUUACGUCACGGAAAUCGUUUUGUCGCUCGGGUUCGCAGACGCUAUUUUUCGGAGGGAGAGAAGCGACGACAGGAAAUGCGUCUGCGCUUCGCAGGCUAGAUGGAGGAGUGGUUUUUGCUUGUCAGUGAAGGUGUAAACAGUAAUGUAUCAUAAAGUAAUGUCAUGGAUAAGAGGACAACAAGACAUGCCCCCUUUAUGUUAUAUAUUAACAUUCUGACAGUAAGCUUGGACUUCAGCAUACAAGGGCGCCAGUGGCAGCCGCUGUCAGUCCAUUUAUGAGUUUACUGUAACCUGCCCAUAGCUCAUGAUAUGAAUGAUGCAUGAAAGGUAAACCACACCACCAGGGAAACUUCCCCUACUCUUGUCUGACAGUAGUGUGGGUUCUUUUACAUCCCCUUUGAUUUGACUAAUGAAAGAAGGAUGAAGAAGACAAGGUCAACGGCUUAAUGUCACCACCUAAGACCACCUAAUGACGCGAUCAUCUAAACUGAGACAAGGUCUCAAAUCACAGCCAGCAAGAUCUCAACAGUUUUUUUAAGGACCCUGGUUGUUGGUCUGGCUGGAGUUUGAACCCACGACCUCCUGCCCGGCAGACCAGUGCUCUCCCAACUGAGCUAACCCGUCGGCAGUUAGCUCAGUAAUGGAAGAAAUGGUAAUGGCAGAACCUAACUCUUUCUCUUGUUAGGUGAAUGGUAUGGUGUGGAGUGGGAUGACCAUAGCAGAGGUAAACAUGAUGGUACUCAUGAAGGUGUUAAAUAUUUUAAAAGCAGGUAUGAAUGUCACGUUGUGUUUAAACAUUGAAACAUUUUUAUCUCUAGCACUUUGUUGAAAGACUACAUUUUGUAUUAUGUCAACUUUGCUGUUACAGCAAGGAGCCCAAAAGUGUGACCUCCUUCAAUAAAUAACUCACAUUCUUUCAUGCAGACAUUAACCAAUCAGAAGUUGAGGACAGUUUCCAGCUGGCUUCUGAUUGGAUUAAAUCUGUAUGAAAGAAUGUGAAUAAAUCAAAAGCUGUCACACUUUUGGGCUCCUUGCUGUAAAUGAGUUUCCGUAAUAAUCAAUAAUCAUUUUCAUCAAUCAGUUUGCAUCAAAAGCAAAUGAAGUAAUGUUGUUAAUUUCUUACUAUGUCACUUUGACUUGUAAUUAAGUAAUGUAAGUAAGCAUGUAAAGCUAUAUUAAACUAUAUAUUUAUCAGGCGUGUACAAGGGUAUAGCCAUCUUUUCGACUAGCUGUAGGCCUGGCUGACUUUCAUUUCCACAUAUCCCAAAAAUAGCACAUGUGAAUAGUAAACAUUGACCUCACCAACACUUUGACCUCUUAAUAAGGUUUUUAGCUCACCCCAACAUCACAUUUAUAACUUAUUACAAGCAGUAGGGUGAUCAAAAGAAAAACUUGUACGCCCGGGUCUCAAAAGCAUUUUGGGCUUAUUUUUACCAGACACCCAAUGGGUGGGUCCUUUGUAAGACCGAAGAAGGUGGACUUUGGAAUAAGUAUCUUUGAAGCCCUGAAACAGCGCUAUGGACAAGGUGGUGACAGCAUUAAUGAAGAGGACAUGUAUGUUAUGAGUGGCAACAACAGAUGGAAAGCUGUGGAAAUGGUUGGAGCACAUUCAAUUCAGCAAAAACAGAGGUACUCAAGAUAUUGGACAGGACUUAAUUGAUAUUAUGUCAUGCCUGAUUCGCACCCAAUAUAAUAAUAUUAAUAUUGUCUGUUGCUUAAAGUGCUAAAAUAUUACUGAUAAAUAUAAACUGUACCAAGCCGUUUUUUAUCUGCUAAAAAGAAGCUAUAGCUUUAAGCAAAUAGAAUAACCUUUGUUAUUUAUAGUGUUAAAUCGCUGAAAUAGAUCUUCUUGUUAAGAGCAAUUUUUCGUGCCAGUGAAGUUGAAUGGACUGUCAUCAUUUUCAGUUUCUCAUGAUAAGGUCAUUUCCAAAGUUCAUCUCAGCCAAUCAUCGACUUUUUUGAUGCAGAAAUUCAAAUUUCUGGGACAUGACUGCAAGCUCUCCUUUUCUACAGUGUCCUGACUCUAAAACUCCUUUGAGAUCUUGCUCACAGGUUAGGAAGCUAGUUUCUGCUUUCUGCGUUCUGCUUUCUGCUGGAUGCAUACACCAUAGUAUGUGUUCGUUUUGCCUUGCAUGGAAUGGUAAGGCCUACUGCCUGCUUAUAUGAUAUCAACAUUACGUAAACCCGUAAUAAUUUAUACAUUUUCAGUGACUACAAGACACUAAGAGAGGUUAGUUUAAGAGGCCUAACAGUAAAUGGACCAGAUAAAGAAAAUGACUUUUACAAAGUUGCCCCAAGUAUCCUUUUCACUACUACAAAAUGAAGGUCUGCACAAAAUAAAAGCCCCAAGAAAUCCCCAGGGGGUUCUCCAGAUUUCAAGUGAUGGAGAUAAUUGAAUAGGGCUGGAGCAAAAAUCCAACCCCCCAAAAAAUCCUUAGUGCUUCCAACAAAACCCCCAAAAAAUCCCUGGACCAAAAUUUAACCCCCCAAAGAUCCCAUGGCGAAUUUCUGAGGCCAAGUCUGGUUGUACUUUAUUCACAGAACUACACUGCUCAUAAUUUAUAUUAAUAUGUUUGUGGCAGGCUGGUUGCAUCUUUGUUGGUCAUCUUGUGCUGUGUGGGUUUUGAUAUGUUUCAUAUCUCCUCCUGUUCUGUCAAUAAGAAAAAAAUUUUUUCACUGCUUUAACAGUGUGAUAGGUGUCUGUGAAUACCUUGUAUGGGGACUAGCAUGGCUUGGUUGCAAGGAUCAUUGCUACAGCCAGUUGCAAAAAUGUUGAGACACUCCAACAAAAAACUGACCUUUUUUACUAAUUAAUAAAAUCACUGGUAGACACACUUCUGUGAGAUAUCAAACUCACCCCCUCCCUCCCCUGCAUUCAAAGUUGUUCCUCCAAAUUUUCAGCAUGGUCUUGUAUUGCUAGUAACUUUAAAAAAGAAGGGGUUUCAAUACGCACUGAUGGCCAACGAAAAGUGUCGGCUACUUUGCUCAUAGAGGUCAGGUACUUUUUUCUAGAAAGUGGAAGCAACUAGUUUGAAUAACGUUUAAACAAAAAAUAUAUAAUAAAAUCUGAAUGAAAAAUGUAAUUAUGAUGUGUUUUCAUAGAGGCCCACUGGUUUUAAAUAAUGCUUUCAGUCAUUUUUUUGACAAAUUUCUUUAUAGGUUUGUGCAGAAUUUGUUUAUGUGCAAAAGUACACAAUUUGGUUUUCUUCAUUCGUUCAUUGUUUACAGGAAUUGAUUGUGUGACUAAUAAAUCAAAAGCUAUAUUUUCUUGAAUGAAAAACACGCUCUUUUGUCCAAAAAUUUAGUCCCCAGAAUACUAACAAUUGCAUUUUAGGGCUUUGAAUUUUCAAAAGUUUCUGAGGCACAAGACCUCCUUCCCCCCACCCUCAUAAAAGGGGACUACUGGACCCUUGUUGAUACAGUUGGUUACUCUUUUCAAACCUGCUGGCUACUUCAAUGUUUGAAACCCCUGAAGAAGGGGAGGAGGGGGAAUCAUAAGCACAAGAUCUUGAACAGGCCAUUUAAGCCUUGAAGGUUCAGUUUUGCAAGUAUUUUUGCAACUGGUUGUAGCCUUGGAAGUAGUACUCAGUCUGACUGUCUGGCCAGCCUCCAGUGGAAGCCUUUUGAAAACCCUGGCCCCCUAAUAUCCUUACAGCAGAACAGUUGUUCUUAUUAGUGGUUUUUUAACUUGCAAGUGUUAUAUAUACAUAUAAAAUUAUAUACAUUAUAUAUCACGCUCUACUUUAUUGAUUGAGCACUCUACUACGCAAAAAUUAAAACACAGUGUUCCUAUAUAUUAUAUAUAUAUAUAUAUAUGCUGAUAUUCUUAAUGUUAGUGUAGAUAUCUCAGAACUUGAUCUUUCUAAAACUCUUCUGUCAUCUUGGGUGGACGUAGCAGCAAUAACAAGAAAUCUUGAACACCUUCAGAUCCUUAAUUUAUCGUAAGUAACCAUAUUGUGUCAUGUUUCUCUUCCAUAUAUUUUUAUAAUUUUUGCAUGAUCAGCUGCUAUAGAGAUGUUCAUUACAUGCAUUCAUUACCUUGUUAUGAAGAUUUCAAGUACUUUUUGUGUUUACAGUUUCUAUAAAUUAUAAACUGAAACACAUGCAAAAGGGAUUAAUUGGUAGUCAUCAGCAUGCUACAUAACCUGAAGGUGAAGUGUGACCUGUUGCAUCUGAAAAAUAAGUAUGACCUGUUGCGUCAAAAAAUUAUUUUUCGCCAUGCAAGAAGUCAGUCUUUAUUUUCUUGACAUAAAGGUGAAUAGUAACUUGUUGCAACAGAUGAAUAACUGUUACCUUGUAUGUCAAAAUUUUUACUUCAAUGCAAGAAAUCAUGCUCCAUUUUCUUUGAUAAAACAUUUUACAUUUCAUGCUUAUGAAUUAUGACUUAGCAAGCCCAUAAAAUCAAAAGUGCACAACAGACAUAACAAUAACUGUAAACACAUGCUCUCUCUUGAGAGCUCUUUUUCUAGUGUCUUAUGUGUAGGUUACAAUGUAAACUAAUGGAAUAGGUUUAAUAGGUUUAAAGGUUUACUUAAGGCCCAUUUUUUUUAGAUUAGCUUUUUAUUAGGGUUUUUUUUAGGAUUAUAUAUAUAUUAUAUUUUUAUAGAUCCAUUAUUUUUUUAUAUAAUAUUUUUAGUUAUUUUGCAUAACUUAUUAAUGUUGAUAAUUUACUUUCAUGUAAUGCACAUUUGAUCAUAUUUACAUGUAUUUUGCGCAAUAUAAAUAUUAAAUUAUUAUUAUUAUACCAGUUAUUAUUGCAUUACCCCUAUACAGUCACAUUUGUAAUGCAACCAUAUGAUAAAAUAUUGAUUAAUCUACUUUUUUGUUUAUAGGGAGAAUUUCCUCAGAUUACCAAGUGAACCAGAACAGCUUUUACCUUCAUUCUCUACAGUUACAGUUUUAUUCCUAAACAAGAUGGAACUUGGUUUUGAAGAGGUAACAAAAUCUCAAAAUCGUUAUAAAUAAAAUAAUUUUUUUUAGAGAAAGGACACUAAACUCUCGUAUUUUGUUCAUCAGGUAGAGGUUAUAGUAGGCAUGAUGCCUUCACUAAAAGAGCUUCAUGUUUGUCACAACUGCUUGAAAAAUCUGAGGUAAAUUUGGCCAAAGAGUAGCAAACUCCUUCCUGCUAACUAUUAGCAGGAAGACGUUUAUUGCUGAUGACAUGCACGUGAAAUAUUUCUUUCCAGUGUCUACCAUGUGAUGAUCCCUGGAAAGAAUAAAAUUGUAUUGAAUGUUGUCUCUGAUUCUCUGUAGAAGUUUUCUACCAGUUGAAACACUGAAUGUUCCUAAGGUCUUACAUGUCAAUGAGUUAGAACUCCCUUUGGUCGACAGUCUGACCUGUAGUUAUAACUCUGACCCGGUUUUACCAAGGUAAUGAUUAAGGUGUAUCUAUGCAAUAACUGUAAUCUCUGUAAGUGUUCAGCUUGGCCCAGUUCCUCUGAUCAAUCCUACAGACAGUAUUUACAUUGUACAAUACCAUUUUGUAUUAUACCUUACUUCCUAUUUAAUUCCCUUUUCUCUUCCCUUUUGAAGAGAAAAGAAGCAAAAUCAGGUUUGGAGUAAGUUACUGUUUACGUUGGCUUUAAAUUUCUACAAAACUUAAUGAACAUUAAUUUCACACUUUGUAGAGGACCUGAACACAAGACAACAACUUUCUCUUUCUUUCUCUGAAUUUUGAUACAGUCUUUUAGAAUUCAACUCAAGGAAAAUUUGCCAACAUUUGACGAAUUGAAUGAGAUGAAAUAAAGUCACUCGAAUUCACUUUGUAAAUGACAAUUUGGCUGCCAUCGCUGUCUUUAUUACUUAAGCUCCCUAAUCUCAUCUUACAUUCUCUGGCAUCCAGUGGGCAAAGUGCAUUUAUGUAAGCUAACAUACCCUGAAGCAAUUGCUAGUGAUUCAGGACUUGAUACCAGGGACUUGAGUUCAGCAAUGGCAGACCGUGGUGUUUGGGAAGAAAUCAGCUCCAUGAAUGUCCAAUCCACUGUGGUAGUCAAAGGAUGAUGAUGAGGACGAUAAUGAUCUGUACAGAGCUGUACAGAGGGUUAGAUAACCUGUAUUACAUGUAUGUUAAAUUGGUCAAUGAGCUACAUUUGUAUACACAACACUACUUUUCUAUGCUCAACAGACUGAGCUGCAUAAUUUAAAGUUACAUUUUAUACUGAUCAUUUCCCUUUAGUAAUGCAUGUGUUUAUAUCACAUUAAUUUUUCUUUUAGACUCAAUUGUCUGAUAUUGAAUGACAAUGGAAUAGAGAGUAUUGAAUUAGGAAACAAAGUACAAGGUUUGUUUCAAUUUUAUACCUCUCAUCUUCUUCUUCUUCUUCUUGAAAGUGACUUGAAAACGUUCCUUUGUUCCAAUAAAUAUGCUCUAUUAACACUGCAUUUAAUGUGAUAAAUGUGAUAUUCUGUUUAGAUGGGCAAGCUGACAAGCUUCUGUUCCCAGUUUUACAAUCACUCUCCCUUAGCAGAAACAAAAUUAGUCAGGUAAGAAAAUGCAAAUUGUUCUUUCUGUUCUGGUUCAUCAUCAAAUUGUGUUCCCGACUAACGCAAUAUUUUUGGAAAUACAGUGGAAGCUCUAUAUAACAAAAGGCCAAAAGACUGGCAAAAUUAUUUGUUCACUUUAACAAGGUUUGGCUAUAUCCAGGUUCUUUUCCAUAUAUUUUACUAUUUCUGGGGUGAAGAAAAUCGUUUGUUGUACUGAGGACUUUGCUAUAAUUAUAGAGGCUUGUUAUAUAGAAGUUCCACUGUAUAUAAGGUUGGCUCUUGCAAAAAUACUUUGAAUCCCAAAGGCAUGAAUGACAAAAAUUCAGGGUGACCAACAAGGACAAAAGCAAAGAAUUUAAUUUUAAAAAAAAAACGAGGAUUGGUGGUGAAAUUAUCUUAUCUAACAUAAACAUGCAUACGGGCUGUUAAAAGCAGAUUUGUAUUUACAGUUAUAAAAGAGAUGAAAUAAAAUGAAAUAACUGUCUUGUCAAUUGAAGUUACUUACAACCUCUCAAAAAAACUGCUGGGGUGUUCAUGAUAAGCAAAGCCAUCCAUUAUAAAAUGAUCAAGGCCUGCACACUUCUAUUAUUAGCCGUGUUGAAUGCUUACUGUGUGGCAAUCAGUUUAUUGAAGAUGGUAAUAUUAGGCUCAGUGAAUAACAUGUGGAAAGCUGUUAAAAUUUUAUUUGUUGUGUUGUGAGCAUUGGACUUGCAGAAAAAAUCUGACUCUUAAAUCAGAUGAACUCAUGAGUGGUAUUUCUAUCCAUCAAAAAGAGACCAAAGCAAAACUUCUCCCAAAUAUUUUCAAAAUUCUUUUUCGUAAAACCUUAAGAAAUUAAUGGUACUAUAAAAAAAGUCUGCUGUGGGGGAUUCAUUUUAAUGGUAACACCCUAGAAUAACAUCCACAGUUAAACGUUAGUGUAGCAAAUAAUCUACUUGCAGUUAACAGUCCUUGAAGUCUUAAGAAUAACAAUCAAUUUUCUCCUAAACAAUAUCAAUACACAAUCAAGUGAAGAGGUUAUGAGAAUUGAUAAAGUAAUCAGCUGGGAGAAAAUGCUUUAAUCUUUUAUCAAAUUCUCUCAACUUAUUCUUUAUGGAAAUGUAUAGAGAUCAGUUUGGAGAAUUUGUAUGUGGAUAUUUUUUUUUUUAUUUUGGGCUUAAAGGGUUGGCAAUUAGUUGGAGGUAACUGUAGUCAUGGAUCAUUAUACGUUUCUAGGAAACUGCUUUUAUGGAAAUGUAUAGAGAUCAGUUUGGAGAAUUUGUAUGUGGAUAUUUUUUUUUUAUUUUGGGCUUAAAGGGUUGGCAAUUAGUUGGAGGUAACUGUAGUCAUGGAUCAUUAUACGUUUCUAGGAAACUGCCCACCUACCCCUCCCCUAAGCCAAAAUUAACACUUACUUCUCGCUUAGUGCAAAAUGUUGGCUUAGGAGAGGGGUAGGGGGUAGUCUCCCAAAAACGUAUAAUGAUCCGUCAUACAGUGUAUUUAACCUUGUUUUCAAAUUCAUUCUAGAUUCAGAGCAUUAAUGAGUUAAACCAUCUACCAAAAUUAAGUGAGUUGCGCUUCAAAGGAAAUCUUCUUUUCCGAGGUAAAAGCCAAGAAAAAAAUUGCCCUUUCUAUGUGUUAUUGAACUUUGUUAUUUAUUGGAGUUGCUAACAAAAUCUGUUAUUGUUUCAACUGUGUGUGUAUAAUGAAGUAAUUUUGAUAUUGCAGGGGAGACUACUUUUGACAGUCGUCAAGAGCUGCUUGCUCGCGUACCGUCAUUAGCCUCUCUCAAUGGCAGUUUGGUGAGUUCUGAGUAUGUUGUAUUUUUUUGUUCAAGUGCUGAGCACUAUACUGUACCCAGAUGUGGGUUGUGACAUGUCAUCAGUAUGAAAUUUCUGCGCUUGUUGUUCAGAUGUCAUUUAAUGGGGAAACAAAUUUUUUGUUCGAGUGCUGAGAACUAUACUGUACCCAGAUGUGGGUUGUGACAUGUCAUCAGUAUGGAAUUUCUGCGCUUGUUCUUCAGAUGUCAUUUCAUGGGGAAACAAGUGGUGGCAUCAUGAAAGUGCUGGUUGUUUUUUUAUUGCUCCAUGUAAGGGAACCCAAGACAGUUUUGGAUUCUGGAUUCCACGCUGUGGAUUCCGGAAUCCAGGUACUAAAUGCUAGUCUUUGUCAGUGGAACUUGGAUUCCAGAUUCCAAUUGUUAGUUGGAUUCCGGAACCCUUGAGCUGUAUUCUGGAUUUUAGAGCCCAGGAUUCCGGAUUCCACAAGCAAGAUGUUAAAUGUAAGGAUAAAUUUCAUGGAUUCCAGAAUCUGGAUUCCCUUACGUGGAACGAUUCUUAGGCUAUUUACUUGUAUUAUUCCUUUUUGUUAGGUCAGUUUAAAAGAGAGAGAGACUGCAGAGCGGGCUUAUCUAAAGAAGUAUGCCAAGUGUUGGAUUAAUGCUGGUGGCAAUACUGCUGAUGGGCAAGCCAGUUCACUGAAUCCUGCAUUUGUAGAGUUACACCCGAGAUACGAGGAACUCAUCAAAGGUACAACAACCUGAUAGUUGUAUCAGUCAUUUCUGUUUGUAUGCUGCAUCUCUACUUGGAUUAUUUUCUCAAUUUUUGUCCACUUUUCUGCACCUUCAGUCGGAGAAGCGUGAUUUGGGGGCAAGUUCAGUUUAAGGUUCUGGCCCCGGGUUGUUCAAAAGCUGGAUAACACUGCCCCAGUUGUUCAAAAGGUAGAUAACGCUAUCCAUCGGAUAAAUCACUAUCCACUGAAUAGUGCAAUUGGUUUCCCUAACACUUAUCCGUGGGAUGGUGAUUUAUCCGUUGGACAACACUAUCCAACUUUUGAACAACUUGGGCCAGAUAAAUCACUGUCCAGUGGAUAAGUCAGUAUUGGAGAAACCAAUUGCGAUAUCCAGUAGAUAGAAAUUUAUCCGGUGGAUAACGUUAUCCUUCUUUUGAAAACGAGGGCCAGGUAAACUGCAGUCGCAGUUUUUUAAACAAGUCAACUUUAAUUAACUUAAAGAUGAUCGUCGCAGUUAUAGACGCAGCUUUUUGCAGUUGCGAAAAGAAAGCCUGAAAACAUUCAGGCUUGUAAGGGAUUCAAACCCUUGACCUCUGCGAUACUGGUGCAGCGCUCUACCAAUUGAGCUAAAAAGCCAACUGGGAGCAGGACGUUUAAUUGGUUCGUUAUAAACCUGUGAAAGGAUGAUGAUGUAGUCAUGAAUAUAUGAAAUAUCAUGUGAAAAAUCAUAUUUGAGAACAGCCGAUUUUAAUGGUUUUCUGAAUCCCUCAAUAAUAAAUGGUGAAAGUUAUUGUCCAGAUCUUCUUUUCCUAAUCCAGUCCAAGUGCCCAUAUGUUUUAGAAUUGACAGUUGGUUUCCACUGUUGGGGGUUAGUACGGGAGGGGGGCCGCCCCCUUCUGUUCGGCCAGUCUGUUUUAAAAAUUAAUUAGCUCAUUGGAAAAAACUCGGUCCAGUCCUCAAGUGCGGCCGCAGCCAUUACAGGGUCGAAAAGAUGGCUUUUUCUUGCGGGACACACGUGGGAAAUCCCGAGCGGGCAAGAUGGGCCCACUCGUGUAGCCUAUCGUGACACAGGAUUCGCUUCAUCUUGCCCGCACGCAGAUUCAGCCGUGUAAAAAUUUCCAAUUAUAUCUAGGAGUAAGCCUUUUGUGUAUAGCCAAUGUUUUCAAAUUGUCUUUCAGUUCAUGGAGUUCCCAUUGAAGCUGAACGCAGCCAAAGUAGCUCCAAAACGUUAAAAGAUUCUUUGAUUUGUAUCCUUGAUGAUGUAUUGAUACAAAUUCUAUUAAAUAUCAAGGAGACUUCUUUAAUGCACAGUCACUAUCCUCUGUAAGUUCCAUACUUCUCUUACUUCUUUCUUUGAAAAGUCCCGGAUAAGAGGAACAACAGUACUUGGGGAUGUCCUCUUUACAUAAUUGAACAUUUUAAGUUUGUGCGUGAGACUGGGUCGGUGUUGUGUCGAAGUGCACUAUGGGACCGUUUUGGGGACGCUAUCGCUUCUUUCAUUGGUUGUUACGAGAUUGUGCAGGAGACUGGGUCAAAAUUAAUCCCUUAAAAAGUCUCAAAGUGUAAUGGGCCAUUUCCGAGUUCCCCCGGGCCUCUGUUUCAAAACGAGGGUAGGUUGUCAGCCGUUGAUAUGGAAAUAAUUUUUCAUUUUCAUGCAAAUAAAACUCAUUUUCACAAGAAAGGUUGUGCACCUAGCCUCAUUUUGAAAGUGAGGGUUUUUGGAACUCGGAAGUGGCCUGUUCGACACAACCCCGACCCAGCCUCUCGCGCGAUCUAAAAAUGGGCCGUUAUUCAGGAGUUAAUGCAAGGACGUUUUUGAGCGACGUACGUCAACCGGCAGUUGACUUUUUGUACUCUUGGGCAGUGGUUUGACCAAAUUUUCGGGGCAAAUGAUCUCUUUAAGAGCACAAACUCUAAGCAAUGCAACUUUGAUAACAUCAAUACUUUUAAGGGGAAAAAAACUAACUUCCUGUGAUUUGUCAUCUUCCCCAAUCUUCCCUGGUAUAGACGUGUGUCACUCGGAAACGCCUUUGCUUAAGCUCAGACGUCAGCAUACAAGUUGCCACUGACUGCCCCUGUCGGUCCAUUUAUAAGCUUACCGCCCCAAUCCAUGAUAUUUAUGAUAGUCCACACUACCUAGGAAACUCCCCUACUCUUUUCGAACGGUGUUAUGGAGAGUGACCAACCUUAAUGUUCUCCUAACAAUACCAGCAGGUCAUCAAGGGAAAAGAUUAUAAGAGUCAAUCUAACGGUCACCCAAGGGUAAAUGCUUUAUUUUUUCAACUAAUUCUCUCAACUAAUUCUUUAGGGAAAUGUAUGGAGAUCAGUUUAAAGAAUUUGUAUGGGGAGGGGGUCUGAGGCGUGCUUUGAAAUUACAAAGCCGCAGUUUUCAGCGUUCUGGGGACUAAAUUGAGGACAGGAGAGUGCGUUUUUGAUUCAAGGAAAUGUAGCUUUUAUGCAUCUUUCGAUUUAUCAGUAACUCAUUCAAUUCCUACCAGCAAUGAACAAAUGAUGAAACUAAAUUACGUACUUUUUCUCGUAAACAAAUUCUGNUCUGAGGCGUGCUUUGAAAUUACAAAGCCGCAGUUUUCAGCGUUCUGGGGACUAAAUUGAGGACAGGAGAGUGCGUUUUUGAUUCAAGGAAAUGUAGCUUUUAUGCAUCUUUCGAUUUAUCAGUAACUCAUUCAAUUCCUACCAGCAAUGAACAAAUGAUGAAACUAAAUUACGUACUUUUUCUCGUAAACAAAUUCUGCGGAAACCUCUAAAGAAACUUGUGAAAAAUUGACUGAAAUGUAGCGUUCACAUGAUUAAAGCACAACAUAAAACCAUUGGGCUUUUAUGAAAACACUCAUAAUUACGUUUUCAUUCAGAUCUUAUGAUAUAGUUUUUGGUUACAACGUUUUUCAAACUAGUUGCUUCUUCUUUCUAGGAAGAAUUAAUCGACUUCUGUGAGCAAAGUAGCCGACGUGUUUCGUCGGCCGUCUGUGCUUAUUGAAAGUCCCAGUGGCAGAUCCAGAUCUUCAGAUAAGGGGGGUGGGGAGCGGGGCGGUCAUCCAGACCCUGAGAUAAGGGGGGGAGGCUCAAAAAAAUUUUUCGGCCCUUCGGGCCUCAUUUUGGUCUAAAAGUAAGGAGGGGUGGCCCCCCCGGGCCCUUCCCCUGGAUCCGCCACUGACCCCUGAUCGAGUUUGUGUGAAAUUCCAGGGAGUGGGGGUAUGACAAGAUUCUACGAAAUGUGGGUCUAAAGUUCCCUCCUUUAGUUUGGGGGUGGGGGAAUGGAUGUUUCGUGGCAUUACACAAUUGUUUUAAAGUGUUGCUGGAUACCGUUCGGAUGCCGAGGUCAUAAAAACACAGAGUUGACAAUCAGCGUAGGAAAGCCCACAAGGGCAAGUACUAUUAGCGCCUAUGUGGCUUCUGAUAAGUUCAAAUAAAUUGUAUUUUUUUCUCAAUCCUUAACAACACCUGUACAGCUGUGACCAUCACGUGUCUGGAUGCCCCAGACAAGAAAUCUGUCACGAAGAAAUUACCAGGUGAAGUACCCUGCUGGCAAAGUCACUUCGAUCUUUCCUAGAUAACUCCUCAUUCCCGACUUAUCUAGGAAAGGUCGAAGCAACUCUGCUAGCAGGGAAGGAGUUUAGCAUACAUUUAAUGCCACAGGACUGAUUUGGCUUCUGAUAGGUUAUAGGUUCAAAUAGGUAAUAUAUCCCCUGGGGUAUGAUUUUCCCUCAUUCCUUAACACGUGUCCUGAUGCCGCAGACAAGAAAACUGUCUCGAAGAUACUACCAGGCGAAGAAGCUUAGAACACUUUUUUUAACCCCUAGCUAGAGGGGAAAACAUAUAAAUUCGAAGAAAUCGGAAAUAUGGGAGAUUUCUUGAUUCUCUAACAGCCAGCCAACCGUGAAGGGCAGGGAAAACUACCACGUGAUCAUAAUUUCCCCGCCAUUUUUGACGCUUGCCGCCGCUUGCCAUCCGCCAUUUGCAGUUUGAAUGUAAUGAACGUGAACGUGAAGAGGCAGUUUUCACGUUCGCAAACAACGUAGCGUGCAUGAUUUCUUUUGAUAUUUUGAAUCCUUCUUUAAGCCCAAAGAUCUAUUUGUAUGUCCUGUCGUAAAGAAACUAUAUAAAAAUUUAAUCUUUCCCAAGAGGAGCGAACGAGGGACAAAGAAGCCAAUUGAAGGUAAAAACCUGAGCUUCUUUUUACACUGAAAGAUUGCAACAUUGUGUUACGUAUCACCUCUCUUAGACAUCUUUAAAGCUUUAAAACCACCUUUUUUCGUAAGAAAUGGAAAGUUUGUAGCUAACUUGAGACUUACAAGCGUAGAAAACAAAUGUUUGAUUUUUUUUCUUCGUCAAUAAACUGGUCGGGUGGUCUUUUGCAGGAACUAUGACAAUAGGGAAGCUUAAAGGGUUACUCUAUCGAUUGUUUAAAGUUGACAGUUCCGACCAAAGAUUAUCGUCUGUAGACAACAAGGUGAGUACAUAUAACACAGCUUACUACAGUAAACGCGUUCUUGGUGAUGAACCCCGAUAUUCAGUUUUCUUUGGUAUAUCGCCGUUCAGCCAAUUAAAGAGCUUUAAUGUAACUGUGUAUUAAUAUUCAACUGAUAUCCUGAAUUGUCUUCUCCCCAUGCUUCUUAGUUUUCAACGGAAGAAGAUGAACUUCCCUUUACCUUCAAACGUGCACAAUUGUUUUGUGGUCAAAAACAUGAUAAAUGUGAUCCUCGCGGUCAACAUUCUCAAUGACUACAUAAACGUCGGUAAAAUUUAUACAGUAGUGGGUAGUUUUCCUUGUGAUAAAAGUAGACAAUUGGUAUUUGUACUUUUUAUAUCGAUAAAUACAAGCCUGACCUGAGCAUCAUUGUGGAUCCUCAUGUAGUAUAAUGACGCGUGAGUAUAUCCACCAUCUCACCACAUCUCACCUGCAUAAUACCUAAGUUCUUAGUUAGUUCUCCAGCUUGGCCCCUUAUGUCCUUCCCGCCUUCUACAGGCCAUGUCCUCUUGUUGCUCACUUUCGAAAGUUUUUUGUUUGUUUUAUUACUUGUUUGAUGCUGAAAUCUCUGUAGUUGCACCGAAUACUUAAUUUCAAGCCAAGCACUUUAGUUUGUAUUCUUCACCUCACCAACGGAAAAGUCUGUUUAUAAGAGAUCAUGAAUUUCUUGUUUCCGUUAGUGGGAAUCAUUUGUAAUUAAUCUGCACAAUAUAACAGACAGAAAAACUUUAAAGUCUUCGGGCCGUUCCCUUAUCUAACAUGGUAAACAUUGGACAAGAACUCCAGAUCUGACUGACUGUUAAUAAGCGGAUUUCGAUUUUAGGGAGAUAAAUAUUUCUUUAGUCUGCACUAUAUGCCUUCUAGACACGGUCAUAGUAUAAAAUAACUGUUAAGAUAGUAGGGUUGGCCAAAGAAAGAUGGCUUAUAACGUUUUUUUUUAUCAGAUAAAUUAGCAGCGGCAAAACUUCGUUUCAAUAACCGGCCCUUUGAGUUUCGGUUUAUAUUUUCUUUUUGUUUACAGCUUGGUAGAGAAGUUGAAUUGGAUGAUGACUUACGACAACUCACAUUUUAUUCUGUACAAAGUGGAGACACUAUUUACCUAAGAUGGUGA